AUGAAUACAAUGCUUUGUCUAUUUGCUUUACUUAUCUCUUUGACUGUAAUUACUUCCUCGAUCGCUCCAAUUCGCAUUGACACAACUUGCCACGAUGAGCGAUAUUUCUACUCAAGUGCUCUGAAUCUUUGCAUACUCAACACUCGUUAUUUUGAUCUGACCGGGAAAACACAGUCAUGGCUUGGAGCAGAGAAAUAUGAUGGGCAAUGGUCGUGGAUUGAUAAGUCACCAUUCGACUAUCAACGAUUCGACAAAAAAAACUCGAGUGGAUGCUUUGUUUGCGAUGGAGCUCUGUUGGAUGCAACGGAUCUUUUGUGGAAACCUGUCGAUUCGUCCACUUACAACAGCUUCAUCUGCGUUGCACCACCGUUCAUCCCGACAACAACAACCCGCGAUCCAUCGGUGACAACGGAUUCAUUCGGUUGCUAUCCAGCACACAAACAACCACCGUUUAAUUGCAAAGAAGGAUGGCAAUAUGCGCCCGAACUUGGAUACGAAUAUUUGGUGUUUUCCGACAGCUUUUAUGACGAUACAGAGACUUAUUGUGUGAGUCAGGGAGCUCACUUGGUCUCUAUUCACAGCGAGGCCGAGAACGAUUUCGUUGCCGGUUUGUGCUGCGUAUCAAGUGAUCACUAUUUGGAUGCCGGGUUCUACAUAACUGGCGGCAUUCAACUCAUGCACUCCAGAUUGGGCGAUUUGGGUAUUGGCGAACCCGAAGAGGUGCUAUUUCUCGAUGAUUUGCCCGAGUACUGCGCAGCAGCUGAAAUGAUCGGCUGCAGUACGGUGCAAGUUCAUUUUCUGGGCAUUCAAGAGCUGGCACUCAAUUCGGAAAUGAUAUGUGAA